AUGCUUCGCUCUCGCUUGAAGCCACGUGCCUGCAGUCAGAAUGUAUGGAAGUGCUACUCGACUAGCACCUCAGCCGCUCCAGCAAGUCCAAUAAUACUCUCGAGAAUACGAGAUGAUAUGAAAGUUGCCAUGCGAGCAAAAGAUACUCCAAGACUAGACGUGCUUCGAGGUCUGAUCGCGGAUGCUACCAACGCAGCAAAGGCAUCGAAUGUUGCGCAAACAGAUUCUCACAUGCUUCAAAUCAUCCGCAAACGCAUCAAGAAUUCCGAGGGUGCGGCGCAAGAGGCGGAACAUGCUCACAGAAAUGACCUACGUGACAAGGAGUUAUCACAACUUUCAAUCCUGCAGGCUUAUAUCGAAGAUAGCAACGUCUUGAGUGAAGAUGCUGUGAGAGCGUCCGUUCUACUAGUGGUCGAGACCCUUCGAAGAGACGGACAAGCCGCGAGCAAGGGCGGCGUAAUUAAAAAGCUUCUUGGUCCUGGAGGUACGCUCGACGGUCAGCUUGUUGACAAGAAAGAGGUAGCACGGAUGGUGGAAAGUAUGCUCUGA